GUGCUCAGUUGAUGUUGAGGCCCAAAGCGGUUAAGUCGGGCGCGAAAAAGGAUACACGCAAAGCGGAGAAUGUGCGCGGUUGAGGCAAUGGUUGGUGGAGGAAAAUUAUGUGUAACCAAAAAAGUAAAUGAGCUCUAUAUAGUCAGCCUUCACUGCUGCAGCCGACAACGCUGCUGUUGCUGCUGUCGCCAUUAGUGAAAAGUGCCAAAAAUAUAAAAAAUCGAUAGUUUAAAUGAUUUUGUAGGCGAUGGCGAUUGAUUGCAAGAAGAAUGUAAUAUAAAUCAAGUAGUGAUGAAUAUUCAUUUCACAUAACUGUAAAAAUUACAAAUAAGUUCCUUAACUUGUUUAACUUGUAUCCCCGGGAACAGAUACAUACAUAUAUACAUGUAUGUAUAUAUAUAUAUGAUUAUACCUACAUAUAUACACAUAUGUAGUAUGUACUUACAAAUUGGUGCGCAGGUAAAAAAGUAAAUGUGGCGAACUAAGCUCCAGUUGGAACGACUAACGACCAGACCAUCGGCAAUUAGCGUGGGUGGCGACGCUUCAUGGCCAAGAUGUCAUCCAGCACAGGUCACAAUUGGCGUUUAACUGGCAGCGAUUGGAAUAAUUAAUUUCGUAAAAUAAUAGGUUUUAUUGAAAAAAAUAAUUAAGAGUGACGGAAGAAUUCACUUAAGAAAGACCAACAUACAUGUAUUGAGCCCGAACAAGAGUAUAGCCGUAUUAGUGAAACAAGUAAAAGGAAUACAGGAGUGAUAAACAAUGAAUUGCAGGAUUUCGCUUUAAAUUUAUUUCUACAGUCCGAAAAAGACUCAUGUGUCAUAAGAACUUUAAUUCGUUACUUUCCUUCAGUAUUUAACUAAGAUUUAAAUAAUUAAAUUAUAUCACAAGAGAAUAUGAAAAGAAAAAGCUUAUUGAUUCAGGCAAACGUCUGAACUGAGAAGUAUCUGUCGCAGAUACAUGAGCAGUAAGAAGGAAAGCGACAAUGACGGCCAAAGCUUGGUGCUCAAGAAAUACCCUUUCGUUAACUCUAUCCAAUUUUCCUCACAAAUUUUAUAAAAGUGCGUUUUUAAUUCCAGCGUAAUAUGCAAAGAGUGUGCUUUGACUUUUUCGUAAAACAGUUCAUAUAUUGUAAGCGAAAAUAGCGUUAUGUGCAACGAUAUUCACUUAAUACGCUCUAAAGGAUUGGCCGGUGUACUAAAUUGGUAAAUGUGAGCGUUGACGUAGCUCACAAGAAGCAAACACCUGCACUAGACGGAUACUGGUUAGUACGAGAUCACUUGUUUCAACCGAAUAGGAAAGGCCAAAAUCAUCAUUGUCGCAUUGUCGGUGAUAUGUGAGCUUAUUAAAAGUGAACACAUAUGUGUUGAUUGAAAUUGUCCGAAAAUAUGUAAAGCAAUAUAAGGAGUACACUUCAGCAUCGGACUAAAAUCGGCGUUACCACUAUAUGAUACAUCCGUACUACAAGUAUCUAGUGUUAACAUAUAUUAAACAAUAACAACAAUAAACAAAAACAACAACCACAAAUAUUUAGGUGCUGUGCUCUAUUUAUUAUACAAACAUAUUAUAAAUAUAACCGUAAUAAAAAGAACUCACUAUCAACCGUUGCAAUUGAAAGGUUUGCUCAUUGGAAGCAACAAAUCAAAUUCUUCCAUAAUUAAAACGCGUAAAAUUACAAUUAAGACAUUUUAUUAAUCCGACACAGACCAUUCACUGUGCUAGCAAUAGAUGUAUGUAUGUAGUAGUUCAUAGUUAUUACCAAAAAGUUUGAAUUUUAACUCGCUCUCGCGAUAUUUAUGUACUUUGAAAGAUGCAUUUGAAAUGAAAGGUUCCCUAAACACCUUCAAGUUUACUAAUCUAAAGUACUUUAAUUAGAAAUCUUUUAAAACAAACAAACAAAUAAAAAUAAUAAUAAUAUUAUUAUUAAAUAAAAAUUAGAAAUGUGAACAUACAAGAAUUAAAAAUGCGACAUUUAUUAUCGCAAAGAUAUUAUAGAGUUAUGUAUUUCAUAAAUGAAAUCAAAAGCAUUGCAUAAAUCAUAUGAAACUAAUGCCCUUAAUCAAAGUGUUGUGAAUUUCGAAUGAAAUCGGAUAUUAAAUAUAAUAAAAUUAACCAAUGCAUAUUGAAUUGCAUCUGUUUUAACCAUUUUAAUAGAUAAAACAACACAAUAUACAUACUAGUAUGUAUUUCAUGCAAUUUAAAAAAGAUAUGUAAUCAACUAGCUAAACCAAACACUAUCGAGCUUCAGAGGACUAACGCGACACCGCACAACUGCGCUGAAUCUAAAUUUAAACAAAUUUAAAUAGAAGCAUCUUUUAACGAAACCAAACAGACAAACCAGCUAAAAUUAAUAUAAAAACGCAUAUACUCAUUAAAAGCGAAGCACAUCGAAAUUGAAAUUUCCCUCAUAAAUAUCCUCAACCUUCAACCUCUGCGACGAUAAGAAACUCCUUCAUCUUUGUUUGAACCAAUAAUCCUGCAUAGUGUUACAUACGCGUAUACUUAUGUAUGUAUGCACUCGUAGAUGCAUGUGCUUUAACGAUUAGUAUUCGAGUGCAUAUGUGAGUGCAGGUUAAGAAAUAAUUUGCCGAGUGCAGCCGUAUUUGGCUGUUGUCCAAAUAGGCUUCACUUUAACAAUAACACUUGCCCUUCGAAAUUUAAGGGAGCGCACAUUCGCGCACAUACAUACUGCUCUAGCGGGAAGCGACCUUCGCGUGCACUGGAGCUUCGUGCCGACUAUACUUUGUUAAACCCUUCGAGUGUGGUGAGACAACUGUUGGGAAGCAAGAGGUGAAAACAGCGAGUGCAAGGUGAAGACUAAAUAGCAACCCCAUCGCUUCGGAAAGCGGAGAGCUGAAAAUCGAAAUGAAGACGUCAUGAGCGAAUAUAAGGAAGACUUUGCACGCAUCUUUUUCCUUCACAGGUCAUCCGAAAAUGCAGGAAAUGAGUUACCUGCAAGAUAAUUCCAAAUUGGAGGCACUUACGAAAGCUGUACUCAUCUCCAUUCUUGGCGUCGCUAUUGUCAUAUCGAACCUACUCAUUAUAGCCACUUAUGCGAACUUUAAAGGUCCCACAGAGGUCAUCAACUAUUAUCUACUCUCGCUGGCUGUUGCGGAUCUACUUUGCGGUUUAUUGGUUGUGCCCUUCUCUGUGUAUCCUGCAUUGACUGGAGAAUGGAUGUAUGGCGAUAUUGUGUGUCGUUUCACCGGUUACCUGGAGGUGACACUGUGGGCCGUAUCCGUGUAUACCUUCAUGUGGAUCUCUGUGGACCGAUAUUUGGCGGUCCGGAAGCCGCUUCGCUAUGAGACUGUGCAGACAAAAACCAGAUGCCAAUGUUGGAUGGUGUUCACAUGGAUAUCGGCCGCGCUACUUUGUUGUCCACCGAUUCUUGGCUACACGAAGCCCAUCACGAACAAUGUGACACACAUUUGCAUGCUUGACUGGGGCAAUAUGACGGCGUACAGUGCGACUCUGGCGAUUUUAGUUUUAGGUCCUAGCGUUAUAUCCAUAGUACAUAAUUAUGGUUACAUUUUUGUAAUGAUGCGAAAACUUAAAUCGGGCGAACCUAUACAUGACAAAGAAUAUGCAACCGCAUUAGCUGAAAAUUUAUCGAAUCCUAGUCAUAUGAUGUCAUUCGUAUUAGUGUUUGCAUUCUGGAUGUCGUGGUUGCCAUGGAUGGUGCUGCGCUUCUACGAAGUGGUGACCGGUGAUGUUAUCCAAAGUACUCUUAUUAAUUUUCUGGUCGUUUGGAUUGGCGUGCUGAAUUCAUUUUGGAAAAUCAUCAUUAUGACCAGUAUGUCGCCGCAAUUUCGGAUCGCACUUAGAGUAUUUUGUUUAACAAUUUGUUGCAAGACUAAGGGCCGUUUGCAAGCGGAACUAAUCGGAUUGGACCCAGAUGACUAGAGUCGUUAGAUUUUCCACAGUAUGAACGGUUAAAUUAAUUUUCACAAUUGGCUUACCUUUCUUUCGAUUUUCCUAACAAAUUCAAUUACAAUCCCGCAUUGUAAUUCGAACUUUCAAAAAACAUCAAGAUGAAACACAUCUUUAUCAAUCAGAAACAAUCCAAUUGAAUUAACAAUACAUAUUGAACUCAGUAAGUCAAUAUACGCAAUUGUAUGCUUGAUCUAUGCAAAUUAUGUAGAAUGGAUGUAAUUCAAAUGUGAAUUUUUUUUUAAAUAUUCAAUUCUGUGAAAAACUUUGAGCAUAAAGCGGUGGCAAUGAUAAAAACUACAACAUCAAUAGUAUAUAUAGUAUAAUACAUAUGAAUGUAUAUUCAUAAAUUUACGUAUGUAUGUAUCAACAUUUGUAACGGUGGUUGUACAUGUGUAGGUACAUGCAUAUGGAAAUUUGUUAAAAUCACCUAAAUUUCCCUAUGUAAAUUCACAAAUGCAAUAUACCCUAACCAAAAAUGUUUCUUUGUUUUUUUUUUUUCAUAACCGUAACCACAUACGAAUAUAUAUAACUUAUUCUCGUAAGUUAGUUACCUUACAUCGUAAGUUGAAUUAUUCAAAUUUAAGUUAGCUUAAGAUGUAGCCGUUUUGACAAAUCGAUGCGCGAUUCGAAAAGUGAAUGUAUCGUAAUAUAUGUACAUACUUGCAUAAUAUUUACACAUAAACACAUGUAUGCAACUACAUAUAAUACAUUUUUCGCUAAGCUCUUUUCAAAGUCAUAGAAACAUACGAGUAAAUACUACAUACAUACAUCCCGUAUAUGUAGAAAAUUAUUUCAAAAAUCGUAUUGCAUAAACCACUUCAUAUGUUAUACUCGUAUAUGUUUUUGUAAUUGUGCAUUUAUUUGCAUAUAAAAUCACAAUGAAAUCACACUUUUAUAGAAUUCCCUUUAUUUAAAAUUACAAUAAUUAUUCUUUAUUAUCAUAAGUCGGAGAGUUUUUUGAUUUAGAUAGGAGAAGUGGUGUUUGAAAUUCCGAAAAUUCGGGUUUAUUCUGCUUAAAGCCAAAACUAAACUCUAAAACAAAGUACUCGAAUUAAUUAUUUCCACAUAUUAUUGUUGUUGGUAUGUAACCCGGAAAUAUUUUGAUAUAUUUUGUAAUAGUUUUUAUUUAAAUUUUUACACUUCAUGGCCUUCUGGAGGAGGGCAAUGUAGCUGAUGUGUAUAUGUACUAUAUUCAAA